CGUUUCAGCCCCACCAUCGGCCAUGGACGCAGCAACCGCUCCCGACGACGUCGAGUACGGUGACGACGAGUUUCUAUCCGACGAGCCCGACGCAUCGAUAUCCAACGCGACGACAAACAAGGACGACCAAGCAGAAGCAGUAGAGGUGUCGGAGCAAGUGGCGGCGACCGCCGAGCGCAACGCGAUACCUGCGACGUCGCCUAGCAAACGACAGGCCGCCAUCGACGAGCACCAUCGUAAUACGCUGGCUGCCAAAGAAGUCGAGCUGCGAAAUUUGUACAAGCGCAUUAGUGUGUAUCGCAAGGCAAAUGCUGCGCUGCAGAAAGAGCUCGAGGGGUUUCACAACAACGAUUUUGUUGCCCAGGUGGAAAACAAAGCGAGGGAGAAGCAGCUAUUGAUUGAAAAGCUCACGCACGAAAACAAGUACUUGGCCAACCUCCAGCGGACCCAAGCCAAGCGCAUCGAGGAGCUGGAGAGUUUGAAGGAACACUUUCCAUCGAAGCACCACUCGGUCAUGGAAGAGCUCCGGAUAUGCAAGGAAACGUACCGCAUGUGCAAGGAGCGCGAGCGGCUCGCCGAAGAUCGGUCGGCGAAGCUGCACCAACAAGUUGUGGACCUCAUGGCCAGGAACAAAGCGUUGGCCGACAAGAUUCGACAGCACCAUAGCAGCACCGAGAGCAAGGCCACCACCAACGAUGCCACAGCACGACGCGGCGAUGGCGGCGGCGGCGGCGGCGGCGACGACGACGACGACGACCUGGCACAGUUGCGAACUCGAGUCGCGUUGCUGGAAAAGACCAAGCGCGCGGAGAAAGCCAAGUACGAACGUGUGAUUCAAAUGUGCCAGGAGCAACUGGACGCAUGCAAGCGAGAGAUGGAGGCUUUUCAGGCCCAGUUGCUGGAAAAGGAAAAGGAGUUGCGGCUCCAGGUUGUCGAAUUGAAGAAACUCAAGCGCCAGCUGCGAGAUCUCGCAGUCGACGCCCAAUCAACCCACCAAGUGUGCCACACGUUGGCCCAGCGACAGCCCACCCAUACCAAGAAGACGCCAAUGCCACCGUCAGGAACUUCCACUGCUGACAAACGAUCGCCGGCACCCGUGCGAAUACAAAAGCCCACCGCGCCAGACCAAGUACAUCCACUCGAACACGCAAACAUCAAGUAGAGGCAUCUUCUACACCAUUGAUAUCGCACACGCCAUAACUUAAGGAUCGACGGCCUCUCGGGUUAGCUGCACGAA